AUGCUUGGUGAUUCCAGGGCUUGGGUGUCGGGGACGACAGGGGGCAUUGAAGCCUGUCUGAGAGUUGGGGGCAACAGUCCAUGUCUGAAGCUUGAGGCCACGUGCCAACCACACCACCUGCAUCUACGAGAACACGGUGGGCUCAGUAGAAACUCACUAGACAAAGCUGUGCGGCAGUCACCAAGCUUUGAUUCUGCUGCACAGCUCGUCCUUUUCGGCGGUCAUGGUGGGAUUGGGUACCAGCGCAAAGCAUUCAACGAUGUGUGGACGCUGAACCUGGACUCCUUCCGCUGGGCAGAGCUGACAUGCCAUGGGAACCCGCCGGCACCGCGAUCCGGACAUGCUUCGUUCCAGAAGGAUGGCUUCGUCUUUGUCUUCGGUGGAUGGAAUGGUGAGUCGCAGUUCAACGACCUUUUCAUGCUGGAUGUGGAGAACAAGGAUUGGUCGGACCUGGACCUGAGCUGGAGUGUGCCGCGGUGGAACAUGGCAUCACAGCUCGUGGAGGCCAUUCCCUCUUGGCGGGUCUUUGUGUUCGGUGGCUCAGCCGACCGGAUGGGUGAGGGUCGCACCAUGGGGUCCUUCGACCGGAAACUAGGUGUGCUUGACCUCGGUGACGACCGGAAGUGGCUGACUCCAGUCCCAGAGGAAAAGUCCAAAGCAGAGCGGCCUCAUGGGCGAGAACACACCGCCUUGUGCUACGAUGCAGAGGAGAGCAGGUUGAUCAUGUAUGGUGGCUGGGCGAACAAGUGGCUGGACGACUGCUGGCAGAUCAAUGUUGCUUCCAUUGUUGGGCCACCGUAUGCCAUCGUGCAAGUGGAUCCGCCCCUGGGACCUGUGUCCGGCAGUCAGAAAGUGAAGAUCUCCGGCAUUGGCUUCCUUUCUGUUCCGGGAGCAGCUGUGGUACGGUUCAGUGCUGCUGGAGGCCGUUUCAGCGUGGAAGCUCAAGGAACAGUAGUGGAUGAUGAACUCGUCGAAUGCCUUACGCCCAGGGUGGAGGGAAGCAUUGGCCCACGGGAGUGUGAAGUGCGGGUCUCCAUCGGCGUGAAAGACUUCACUACUACAGUGGCGGACUACCACUACUUCCUGAACACGAUUCCAGACAUGUCUUUGUGUUAUGGUCCAGGGCUGCUGAUGGACCAGCAAGCCGAAGCGACUACGCGGUUCAUGAUCCAGGCCAGGAACCAGCUGGGCGAGAAUAGAAAGUCCGGAAGAGAUGACUGGGUGAUCCAGAUCAACCAUGUCUACAUCAACGACAAGGGGAAGGAGUCGCUCCGGGAGCUUCCACAUGAGGUAAUCGACUUCGACAAUGGGCAGUACGAAGUCAGGUAUGUGGCUGAGGUGGGCACAAUAAUCAUCAAAGUCAACAUGGUGGACGAGACAGGAAAACUAGCCGCAGUUCGAGGAUCACCUUUCCAAGCCUCGUGCAUCCAAUAUGCCAAGAACCGGGCAAACGAGUACUUGGGUCCGAACGUGCACAGCUGGCUUGCUACAACACUGCGGUCGCUGGAGGAGUUCCAGAGAAGCACUGAGGCCGGGCAAGCGACAAAGCUAAGCGAGGAUGAUGUGAAGGGCUUGAUAAAGGUGAUGAAUCACAUCAAGGACAUGUACCAGAAAGAAUCCGAGCUGCUGCGUCAGCAGGAUUGCAUCUAUGAGACUCUGGCACACAUCGAAAGGGAGGGCGUUCCUGUGGAGAAGCAGCUGAAGAGCUUGAAGAAGGUGAGUGCGAACUUGGCCCAGCUCAAAGUGGUCUGUCAGUCUACCGAAACCGCGAUUCAGCCGCUGGUCCAGAUCCAGAGCGAGAUCUACAAGACCCGGAUCGCGGAGUUCGAGCAAGCGCUUCGGUCCUACCACACGGGACUGAAGAAGGAAGCGUACUAUUUCUACAAAUCUGGUGUCGAGUUGGCGUUCCAGCGCAUUCAAGCAGUCACUGAGUACCUCGACCUCAAAACCUCCGAGCUCCAGGAUCUGCAGCUGAUUGCCAAGAACUUCGAGUACCCCGAUGAAGUCAAGGAGUCCUUCCGAGUCAUGGGCAUGAUGCGGGAGGUCUCCUCUGCUCGUGACUGCAAAAGAGGGAUGUCGGUGACAAUUGCAGAGCACUUUUUGCUCAAGAGCGUAGUCCUCUGGCAAAUUGAGGAUGACGAUUCUGAACGGGCCGCCACAUAUGCAGAGGUUGAUCUGGCCUCAGAUUACCCACGGUUGUUAGGAGUGGAUGGGGCGCGUGAGGAAGAACUCUUUAACGUCCUCCAUGCCCAUCUGAAGGGAGGCCUUCCAGAAGGAUGGUCGCUACAGGUGGAGGAGCAGAGAUCAGCGGCCUACUUCUGGAAUGAGGUGAGCGGCCGAAGCUCCUGGACUCAUCCCGACCAUCAGGUUUUUCAGGAGAUAAUGGAGCUGCAUCGCGAAGCGAUGCAGUCUGACCAUCCCGGGCAGCACCUGAGGAAGGGGUGGGAGAGGCUCGAGGCCGACAGCAGCAAUCGACAUUGCGCGUGGUCUGGCCCACAUGUCACAGAAGAAGGCUUCAAGUACUGGCAUUGCUCCACCGACGGGUCCAGCAGCUGGUUAGAUCCCUUUGCGGAGGCAGCAAGGGAACGAACCGUCAGGUCCUCAUUGAUGUCCAAGCUCCUUGCGCCCUUUGCAGCCAUCUGUGACGGCGAACAAGCUGAUGCCGAAACCACAGCCCGUACAGAGAGCUGCAGUGCAGUAAGUGAGAGCAGCACGCCCAGGGAGAUGCGAAGACCCUCGCUUUCUUCGACUCCGAGAAGCCCUGUGCCGCUGGGGGAUAGCGAAGGCAGUGGCGGCCGCGGCCUACCGGGCACGGCCAUGGCUGGAACCCACCAGGAGGCGCUCCAAGCCAUUCAGGGCACGUGCAGGAUGCAUCUUCAUCGAGGAGAUCUUCUUCGAAGGCGUCGGGCAGAGGAUGAGGCCUCUGCAGUGAAGAAUCUGCAGAGAUUCUGCCACGUCUACCUGUGCCGGCUGAAACUGAAGCAGCACCAGAGAGCAGCCCAGGAGCGCUUCGCGGCUGCGACUCUACAAGCUGCGUGCCGUCGCAGGAUUUGCCAAGUGCGUCUCCUCGCCGCUGCCAGAUCGAAGGCCGAGGAAGAUGCAGCCUGCUGCUUGCAGAGAGCAACACGAGCAUUCCUCUCUGCGGCGACUGCCAUGCAGAGGGAGGAAGUGGCGAGAACUCGCCACGCAGUUGCUGCUUGCCACAUCCAGAAGUGUUGGAGGGGCCGCAGAGAUCGGCAUUGGUUUGAUGAGAUUGGCAGAGACAAGCUCUCCAGUCUUCGGGUGCAGCGGAGAAAGGAAGCGGCGAGGCUUGCUGCAGAAGCCGCUAUCGCUCAAGAGGCGCGGCGAAUCAACGCUGCGACAGUCAUUCAGAGGCGAUGGAAAGGGUGCUCAGUGCAGUGUCAAUCAAGUGUCAACGUUGCUUCUGCGGGCUUGCGCGUUGCUCCCGGCUCCAAUCUACCGGAGGAAAAGGGAGGACCGGAAGCGGACACCGUUCCUCAACGGGAAGGCCGCUCAACAUCGAAGCCCUUGCCCAAGAAGCCGCAGAGUUCGAACCUGGAGACUCCGACGGAGGACAAGAUGAACGAGCCGCUUGCAGAGACGUUCAGACGACUCAAAGGAUUCAACUUGCUGCAUUGUUGGGCGAUUUGCGAUUUCCUUCGACUGGAGCUCUUGCUUGGAUGCAGUGCUGGGCGAGCUAAUGAUGUCUACACAGCCACUGUCGCCGGCGGCCUCGCCAAAGAGGCGCCGAGCAGCGGCAAGGAGCGACUCGAUUCCACAGCUGCCGCCGCAUACACAGGCGUGGCUUUGGAGCGAUUCUCACAGACGGACUCCGGCUACCUUCCUUCGGGGAUGGCCAUGGAGGAGAAGCUCUGCAGAGGGCGAGCUGCUGUGGACUCCGUAAGCCCGCAGAAGGAGAGGCCCCAGGGGGCGACCUCCCGGCAGCAGAUGGUCUCUGCGAAAGCGCUGCUCAUGGCGCAGCCGGAGGCGGUCUUCUCUGGACCUUCCCCGCCGUUGCCGGCCGGCCAUUCCAGGUUCUCCUCGAAUUCGAAAGGUUUCUUGGAACGCCGGAUAGACCUCGCAGCGACGCUCAGACUAGAAGACAUGGACGAUGAAGCUGGCCGCUUGACUUGGAAUGCCUAUGCCGAAACGACCUUGCUCAGUCUGCGUUUUCGUGUCCCACCUGCAGUCCAGCAAGUGAAACGCAGGACGGCAGGUCCAUGCUGCCUGGACAUCAGAGGUCACCAACAUUUGGCAUCUACCAUUCGCCUAGAGGACCUGGAGGAUGCUCGUUCAGGCGACAAGGCUUUCCAGCCGCGCUUCUUUGAGGGGCGACGCGUGGCACGGCGUGGCCACGGGGGCGGCAGCGAGCUGCCCUCGAAGCCCCGGCAUGCCGCAGAGCUCUUCUCGAGGCUUGUGGAUGCCUCCCAGGAUGUGGCCCUCAUCAAGGCGCUCUGGGACCACGAGGUGGAGAGGAUCCGACUGACGGAAUCCUAUUUGGUCAAGAGGUGGGGCACUGUGGAUGCUUUGCAGAUGGAAGACGAUGUGAAGGCAAACUUCAAGAAACUCAAGGACACCACGAACUGGACAAGAAAGUGGAUGUGUACGUUGGAAUGCAGGAGGAGGGGCAUGUUGCAUGAUCAUGCGUGUACUGCACUAGGAUGCAGAGCGGCGCAGUGGCAUGGUUGCCCAUGCGCUGACAGGUCAUCAAGCGAUGGGUAA